AUGAUGCUGAGAUAUGAGAUGUCUGAUUUGGGGCUACUUCACCAUUUCUUGGGAAUGGGAAUACUAAAAAUUGAUAAGGGUGUAUUCAUUCAUCAAAGUGAGUACACAAAGUCACUCCUGGUGAAAUUUGGUCUUGAAGACUGCAAGCUUGUGUCAAUUCCAUUACCUAUAGGAGAAAAACUCAAGAAUGUGGAUGGAAGUGAGUUGGUAGAUGAAAACAUGUAUAGAAAGAUUGUAGAUAGCUUGUUGUAUUUGAUAGCAACUAGACCAGAUUUGAUGUAUGCUGCUAGUCUACUAUCAAGGUUUAUGAAAUGUCCUACAAAGAAGCAUUUUGGAGUAGCAAAGAGAAUCUUGAGAUAUGUGCAGGGUACAAUAAAUUAUGGAAUUGAAUAUGUGAAAGACAAGACAACAAUUCUUGUUGGCUUCUGUUAUGCUGAUUGGGCAAGAAGUGAAGUUGAUAGCAAAAGCACCUAUGGAUAUGCAUUUAGCUUUGGGAGUGGAGUGUUUUCAUGGGCCUCUGUGAAGCAAAACACAAUUGCUCUAUCAAUUGCUGAAGCUGAUUAUGUGUUAGCAAUAGAAGCAACUGCUCAAUCAAUUUGGCUGAGAUUUGUUCCUGAUGAUUUUGGGGAAAUGCAAACUGAUGCAACACCUUUAUUUUGUGAUAACAUGUGUACAAUUUCUAUGGUGAAGAACCUUGUCUUCAACUAG